CAACCUCUCUCCGACCACCACACCACUGUAGCCCUCGUCAGCAGAAUAACCCACUGCCAAAUAAACUGUCUUUAUCUAAUCACAGUCCCAUCAACCUCACCGCAGCUAUGGACUUCAUACAAGACUCUCUCUUCUACCUCAUGCGCAACUCGCCUUCCUAUCUCCAAACCCUCUCUUCUAUCCCCGCCAAAAUCCAAUCCUUCAGCAACACUGUCUCACCUCCCACGGACCUCAACCAACUCGCGGUUACCCUCGUCAUCAUCGUACUCUUGUACAUUCUCGUCAGCUGGGUAUGGGCACUGGUACGCUUUUGGAUAAGCCUAGCAACACGGGUAAUAUUCUGGAGCGCGAUAGUGGUGGCGGGUGCGUACGUGUGGAUGCGAGGAAUAGAAGGCGUUGUGGAAGACCUGCAAGAAUGGGCGGAAGUCUGGACCGCGGAGUACGGGAAGGCGAAGGUGGAGUACGCGAGAUACCAGGCCGAUGGACAGUGGCAGAAACCGAUAGGUGCUCGGAGGGGAUGGUGAAAUAAGAGAUGGUGCUAUUGGUUUUUGCUGGAUCAAGACUGGGGCUGGGAACUUCGUUGUCUGUGGACGAAUAUGUCCAGGUUGGAGAAAGGCCUGAAGGCACUCCGGCAGCUGCAUUGGGAUGGAGUUAUCAUGAUAUGGCUAUUACGAAUUACGAACUUGGGUGGAGUGGCAAACUAGGACGCUCGACUUCACGACUACGAAUCUAGAUUCUGGAGAUGCGCUACCCGCCAAAGGUACUCCAAGGCCUCAACUGGUGCCGCAGACUUAUGAGGUAACUCUAGCACUCUUUGCACUGUUCAUAAUUUUGGAAGAUGUUUCACCCUCAAUAUCGCCUUCCUCAAGGAGAGGCUUUUGAUUGCACUUGCGAAUCACGCCAGUCAGCUCUUGCUUCUGCCGCCAUUGUUGCGUUCAGAUUCCUCCCUUGACAGCCGCUACCCUAUGUCAAAAGCUUUUUAACUUUGUGAAGAUUCAGGCUUCUUCACC